AUGAGAAGCCAAAUAUCAUUUGUGUUUCUUGUUCUCCCAUGUUUGGGCCUAGUUGCUCUGAGCUUCUGUCUAGGGUUUGUGAGUGCUGCUUCUUCGGUGCCACUGCCUAACAAGUUGACUUGGCAUUAUUACAAAGUCCAUAAUACUUGUGAUGAAGCAGAGAUUUAUGUACGGCACCAAGUGCAGUUGCUUUGGGACAAGGAUAAAACCAUCACCCCCAAGCUCCUCAGGUUGCUCUACUCCGAUUGCUUCGUCACGGGUUGUGAUGCAUCAGUGCUCCUUGAUGGUCCAAACUCAGAAAAAACUGCACCACAAAAUUAUGGGCUUGGAGGGUUUGUUUUCAUCGACAAGGUCAAAAGUGUUCUUGAACAACGUUGCCCUGGCGUGGUCUCUUGUGCUGAUAUUCUCAACCUUGCCGCUAGAGAUGCCGUUCAUUUGGCAGGCGCACCAUCUUAUCCUGUUCUUACGGGAAGAAGAGACGGCCUGACAUCUAGCAAAUCAUCCGUGGAUCUUCCCUUACCGUCCAUCUCAUGGCAGGCUGCGCUCACAUACUUCAAAUCUAGGGGCUUGGAUGUAUUGGAUAUGACCACUCUCCUAGGCGCACAUUCAAUGGGCCAAACACAUUGUCGUUACAUUGUUGAUCGGCUGUACAAUUUCAAUAACACGGGAAAGCCAGACCCAGGCAUGGAACGUUCAUUCUUAUCCGACAUGAGAAAGCUUUGCCCGCCGAGAACAAAGAAGGGACAGAGCGACCCACUGGUGUAUCUAAACCCGGGAUUCGGCGCCAACCACACAUUCACAGAAUCCUACUACUCUAGAGUCCUAUCUCACAAAGCUGUACUUGGAAUUGAUCAACAGCUACUGUAUGGUGGUGAUACUAAGGAAAUUACCAAAGAGUUUGCUGCCGGUUUUGAGGACUUUCGGAAGUCAUUUGCUCUAUCAAUAAACCGGAUGGGAGCUUACCAGGUUUUGACAGGAAACCAGGGGGAGAUACGAAAAAAUUGCCGAAUUCCAAAUAAGAAGUAGAUGGCAAGCUAUUAAGAAAGGGCAAAAUGGUCAUCAGGGUGGCAUUGUUUUGUGAUGUUUUAGGAGGAAUAAUUAAUAAUGACCUAACGAAAAGUACAUUUCUGAUUCACAAAUAAAAUUAUCAAACAAAGUUUCUUAGGUUAUGACUCUCAGCAUAUGAUAUUUUUGUAUAACUAUCAAUACAUCUCUCUCUCAAAGUAAUCACAUUCUCAAGUCCACAAGAUAUUAGAACUCUCAGCACCAAGUUUGCUCUUCAAAAUAUGAUGUAAUGAAGAUUACAAGAUUGAAAAAUAGUCAUGUUCGUCAAACCUGUAACAGGUAUCCGCCAAAGCUAAGCAGUUAGACCUCCAUGCACGAAAACAGAGAAACUUCUUCCCUCUUUAGAAUCUCUCAGCUGGC